AGAUCAUCCAUGCUCCCACACCUCCAUGAUAUGGUACUACUGUCCCUCGGCGAACAUCAAUCUCAUCACGGGCUACGAGACACCGUGCUCAAACGUCACUCUGGCACCGGCACAGUCUUCCAAGGCAGAAUGUCCCAUAAAAAGAUGUGCAUUCAGCAACAAGGGCCGCAGAUGGCGCUGCUGUCGUUGCGGCUCGGGGCCAAAUCAGCAGGCGUGGUGCGCUAUGCGAACUGGCCGUAUGGGCGAGGCGGGCAGAAUGACCUGCGACCAUGGAUGUUGUGACAACUGCACUGAAUUUGAUGAUGACUUUGAUGAUGAUGUGGUAUCCUGGCGGGACCGGUCAACCAGUGUCUCGGACUGCAGCGGUUGGGGCAGUUCGACAGAUGGAUACGCAGUAUCGUCACCAGCGAGUAGUGUAUCUUCAGAGGAAGAGAUUCUUAUUACUAAGAGGGGCAAGAAACAAGAUAAACGUUAAGGUUGGUGUAUGAUUUGUUGCUGGGUCGUGUAUAUAGUGGGCUCUGGUUUAAUCUGUAUAUUUUAGUGUAAUUGUUUUGUCUCUUUCCACGUUUGAAUUAUACAAG